CCGCCCCGCCCCCGCUGUCCCGGCCGCAGCGCGUCAGUCAUGGCCUUGGCGGGCGCAGUCCGGUGCUGGCGGCUGGGAGCAGGCCCGAGUUCCCUGCAGAUGCAAGCACUUUCACUGCACAUGAGCAAAACAGCAAUGGGAGCGAGUCAGAAGGAUUUUGAGAGUGCGAUGAAUCAGGUGAAACUGUUGAAGAAGGACCCAGGAAAUGAAGUGAAGCUAAAACUCUAUGCACUGUAUAAGCAGACCACUGAGGGGCCUUGUAAUACACCCAGACCAGGUGUGUUUGACUUGAUCAAUAAGGCCAAGUGGGAUGCAUGGAAUGCUCUUGGCAAUCUGCCCAAGGAAACUGCCAGACAGAACUAUGUGGAUUUGGUGUCUGAUCUGAGUUCGUCUGACUCCUCUAGCCAAGUGAAGCCUGAAGCAGACAGGAAACAACCUGGAUAUGAAACCCUGGUGGUGACCUCUGAAGACAGCAUCACAAAGAUCAUGAUGAACCGGCCCGCCAAAAAGAAUGCAUUGACCAUUCAGAUGUAUCGGGAAAUCAUGCUUGCUCUUGAAGCUGCAAGCAAGGAUGACUCGACCAUAAUUGUUUUAACGGGAAAUGGUGACUAUUACUCUAGUGGGAAUGAUCUGAUGAAUUUCAUGAAUAUUCCCCCUGGUGAAAUGGAGAAGGAAGCUAAAAAUGGUGCCAUCUUACUGAGGGAUUUUGUAGGCUGUUUUAUAGAUUUUCCUAAGCCUCUGGUUGCAGUGAUAAAUGGUCCAGCCAUAGGAAUCUCCGUCACCAUUCUCGGGCUAUUCGAUCUUGUGUAUGCUUCCGACAGGGCAACAUUUCACACUCCUUUUACUCACCUGGGCCAAAGUCCAGAAGGAUGUUCCUCCUAUACUUUUCCCAAGAUAAUGGGCCAAGCCAAGGCAGCAGAGAUGCUCUUGUUUGGAAAGAAGUUAACAGCUAGAGAAGCCUGUGCUCAAGGACUUGUUACUGAAGUUUUUCCCGAUAGCACUUUUCAGAAAGAAGUUUGGACCAGGCUGAAAGCAUAUUCAAAACUCCCCCGAAAUACCUUGCAUAUUUCCAAACAGAGCAUCAGAAAUCUUGAGAAAGAAAAGCUACAUGCUGUUAACGCAGAAGAAAACAGCGUCCUCCAGGAAAGGUGGCUGUCAGACGAAUGCAUAAAUGCAGUCAUGAGCUUCUUAUCCCGGAAGGCCAAACUGUGAAGCCUAUUCUAGAAGAGUUAAGCAUUUCAAAGAAUGGGAUAUGCUAUCAUUUCUGAUUUCUAAUACUUGAACUAAAUAAACCGUGCCUUUCUUCAGUGCUAAAAUACCACUUAUGAUUAUCAUAUACCACUAGCACAAAUUAUGUACAACAUAAAUAAAUUAAUUAAUUAAAUAAAUAAAAAUUAAAAAAAUUAUGUACAACAAGCUUUAAGAAUUUA